AUGAGUGCUAAACAGACACCAACUUGGGAACAAUAUAUCUGCGCCCUUCUCGAAAAAGGAUACGUGACCAGAGCCGCCAUUUGUUCCAUCAAGGAUGGUAAGAGAUGGGCAGCGAGUCCUGGGUUUGACGUCACUGCGGCGGAAGUAAUGGCCAUAGCAGCAGGCUUUGAAGACUGUGGUGCCAAGCUGAGGGAAGACGGUCUGUGUGUGGGUUGCGCCCAGUACACUCUGACCAGGGUCAAUUCUACCACGAUGGUGGGUCGGUCGGCUGCUUCAGGGUCGGGCUGUGUCAUCUACAGAUGCUGUUCCUGCUUUGUGAUAGGUGUUUAUGAGGACAGCGCAUGCGCUGGAGGAUGCUACAACAUCAUCACCAGGAUGGGUGACUUCUUGCGGUACGACGGUUACUAG